AUGCCCAAAGACUUUUCACUCUCCUCCUACAUCCACUCGGACGCGGGCACGCGCCGCCUCCACGAGGUGCGCGCGCGCCGCACGCGCCAGCUCCACCGCGAUAUCGUACACCAUCCUCACUUCCAGGCCCUCUUUGAUGUAUAUUGGUUCACGGACAUUGUCGUGCUCUUUGAAGAGUCCGACAGCGAAACGCCCGGCGCGGCCUCGCAGCGGCAGGACUGCUCGAGCUUUGCAGGGCGCAUGCUCCUCCAGCUCCUCGAGGCGCUCCAGGAGAGCCGCGCAGAGCUCGCCGCGGCGAAUCCGCUCCUGCGCGACGCGCGCCGCGGCCUGUACUACGUCCGGGGGGGGCUCCACGCCCUGCGCCAGACUCCGGGCAGCGCCGAGUUCUUUACCGCGCCGCAGCCGUCCGAAGAGGCCGUCUCGCCACGGACCGCGCCCGAGCGCCCGGCCGCCGGGCCGGCACUCGCCUUGUCGCCGCCCCGCAGCCCGGGCGGGCGCAUGUCGGCGAUGGCCCCGACGCCGUUCGCGCUCCCGCACGCGGCCGUCGAGGGACGCCGCUCGAGCAAGCCGAGCCUCCCGCGCCUCAACACGGGCAUACGCGACACGCCCCCGAUUCCCGCGCGCAUCAGCGAGACGACGUCCGCCGCGCCGCGCCACUCGCUCAAGCCGCUCGACCUGACGGGCCUCCCGGUGAGCGCCGCGCCGCUCUCGGCGCGCCGCGCGACCGCGCCCGAACUGCUCAAUACCGCCCACGACCAAGAGGACUGGGGCGAGUUCAACGUCUCGACCAUCAUCCCGGGCUUCCUCUACUUUGGCUCCAACAUCACCAACGACGAUCACGUGCAACAGCUGCAGCGCCUCGGCGUGCGGGCGAUCCUCAACACCGCGCUCGAGAUCGAGGACGGGGGGGCGCCGGAGCUUGCGCUGCGCACGCAGUUCCGCGAGUACCUGCGCAUCCCGCUGCGCGACGUCGUCGAGCAGCCGGACGUACAGCAGCGCCUCGCCGAGGCGUGCGCGUUCCUGGACCGCGCAUUUCUCUACUCGUGCCCGGCGUACGUGCACUGCCGCGCGGGCAAGUCGCGCUCGGCGAUGAUCGUGAUGGCGUACCUGAUCCAUGCACACCGCUGGACACUCCAGCAGGCGUACGCGCACGUCGCGCAGCGGCGCACCACGACGUCGCCCAACAUUGGCUUCCUCGCGGAGCUGAUGCACUUUGAGCGCGAGACGCUCGGCGCACGCCGCACCGGCGCGCCGCUCGCCAGCCCGGGGAUCGCACAGAGCGCGCCGGUGCUCGACACGCGCACACGCAGCGCGAGCGUCUCGCCACGGCGGCCCAUGUUCCCGGAACAGACACUGCGCGCAGACGAGGGCCCCAGCGACGGCCGCUACCGGAUCCCGUCCAUGUCGCACGACGCGCCGUCGAAACGAAAUAGCAUCGCGGCGCUUGGCUCGAACCAGGCGAGCCCACUCGAGAAAUAG